AGUAUUCUGUGUUUGCCUUCUACUGUUUGGCAUUCUUAACUUGUUUUUAAUAAAUUUGUUCUCUAUUAUUUGAUUACGUAGAUACAAAUGAGUAUAAUAAUUAAAAGUGUAUAGUAUAUCAUAGAUUGUCCAUCGCACUGGACACGAUGAACAUAAAUAACGAAUUUAUAUAUUGAACUGCCUUGUUGAAUUCGCAAUGUUAUUCGCGGCGACCCUGAUUAUUUUGCUAUGUGGUUCCAAUGCGGAAUACACAUUAAAAUGUAACAAUGAUACUCAGAAGAGCUUAACUCUUGAGCAUUCAGGGGACGAAGUGAAGACUCGCUACAUUGUGCAGUGGUGCACCGUCGUCGAUCCUGUUCUCACCGAAUGGAAUCUCGUACUUUCAUACAGUACCAACUUGAACAAAACUAAAUGUAAAAAAGGUAUACCGAGGCGAUGGAACAAACACUCAGAAAUAAGUGAACCAUUCGAUGGAAGAAAUAUUAAUUGUACUAAUGUUUGCUUCAGCACAACAUUAGAUCUCAUAUUUAGUGCAUGUUACUACAUUGAGAGUUUUCUCCCAGCAAUGGGAUCCUACAAAACCAUUGCCUACUCCUAUAUAUCAAAUGAGUACAGUGUUGCCUCUUUCACAAAUAACAUAGUAAAUGCUGACAUGAUACCCCAUGGAGACUAUGUUGCAAUACACUGGUACUUUGGCAACAUAACUGUGACAGAUUACUCAAUGGACCUCUGUCCCAUUGACAAUACAACAGCUCAUAUGGAUGUCGUUGUGUGCGAGAACGUAAACGACAACUGCACAAGCGGCAACACCAGAAAUAAAAACGUGGUCAUUUGCAACCUGUGGGGGCUCCGCGGCUUCUAUAAGUUGCACAUGCGCCACCUCACGCCCUGGAAGACGGGCAGUGUCUUCAUCCGGCAAGCAUUCACGCAUUACAAGUUUUACGUGGCGGCGCCGAGCGAGCCGCGGCUGCAGGCGCGGCGCGACGACGUGGCGUGGGCGUGCGGCGCGCUGGCCGCCGCCGCGCUGGCCGCCGCCACGCUGGCCGCCGCCGCGCUGCUGGCGCGUGCACACCGCCGCGGCCUCGCACGCUUCCGCACCAACGUGCUGCUCGGCUGGCAGAGGUGGACGGCAGAGAAGUACGGCACAGAGCAGCAACCGAGCGAAGGCGGCGAGGAGGCGGAGGAGCCGCUGUUGCUGCUGUACGCGCGCGAGGGACCCGAGGGGGAUCCGGUGGCGGCCGCGCUCGCAGAGUUGCUGCAGCUUGCAGCACCCGGACAGGUGAUAGACCUGUACAGGCCGGAGACGACGGCGGCGGCGGCGGCGGCGCCGGCGGCGUGGCUGCGCGCGCUGCUGGCGCGGCCGCGGCUGCGGCUCGUGCUGCUGCAGACGCCGGCGCUGCUGCUGGCGGCCGGCGCCGCGCCGCUGCCGCCCGGCGCGGACGGCGGCGCGGACGCCUUCCCGCUGCUGGCGCGGCGGCCCGUCUACCGCAGCCCGCUGCCCGGCGACGCGCUGCUGCAGCUGGCGCUGCGGCUGCUGGCCGAGACCGCGCACGUCCACUCGGACCGGCCCUACACCAAGUACUACCUCGCCACGCUGAGCGCGCUGCCGACGGAGGCGCUGCCGCACACGGUGCCGUUCCGGCGGUACGAGCUGCCCGAGCAGGCGCCGCGGCUGCUGCUGGAGCUGGCGGCGGGCCGGCCCCCCGCGGCCGCCACCGCGCGCCUGCACCACGCCGCCGCGCACUUCGCCGAGCACGCGCGCCGCCACCCGCACUACCUGCGCCACGAGCUGCUGCUGCCGUGAGCCGCGGCCUGCACCGGCUGCACCGGCCUGCACCGGCCUGCACCGGCCUGCACCGGCCUGCCGCCG